AUGGGAGACACGUUGGAGAGAAGAAACGAAACAGGACAACAUCAAGCUCCGGAGGAAAGCGGUGAGUGUUUGGCUGCAGAAGACGGUGUUGAGAAUCAAGAUGGAAUAAAGAAACUGUGUGGAAAACAAGUAGAUGAGAAGAUGGAUGAAUCUGUUGCUCAUCGGCAGGAGGUACAAGUCCAUCAGAAAACAUCCAAUGGAGAACAAAGCAACGCGUGUGCUGAGUGUGGGAAAACCUUUGCCUACAAAUCGGCACUUGAUCGCCAUAGAAAAGGUCACAAAGGGGAGAAACCGUUUAUAUGCAUGGAAUGUGGGAAGGGUUUUGGUCGGUCUGCAGACCUUCUUAAGCACCUCAGUAUCCACACAGGAGAAAGGCCAUUUGAAUGCCUGGAGUGUGGGAAAACCUUUCGACUGAGAGAAAUUCUUACUAUCCAUGAAAGAAUUCACUCAGGGUUGAAGCCGUUUGAAUGUCUGGAGUGUGGAAAGAGCUUCAGACAUCGUGCAAGGCUUGUUACACACCACCGGACUCACACAGGCGAGAAGCCGUUUGAAUGCCUUGAGUGUGGAGAGACCUUUCGACUGAGAGAAAAUCUAACUAUCCAUGAAAGAAUUCACUCAGGGUUGAAGCCAUUUAAAUGCCUGGAAUGUGGAAAGAGCUUCACUCAGUCUGCAAACCUUGUUACACACCGUAGGACCCACACAGGCGAAAAGCCAUUUGAGUGCCGGGAGUGUGGAAAGAGUUUCAGUCAACUUGCAAACCUUGUUACGCACCGGAGGACCCACACAGGCGAAAAGCCGUUUGACUGCCUUGUGUGUGGAAGAAGUUUCAGUCAACUUGCAAAUCUUGCUACGCAUCGCAGGACUCACACAGGCGAGAAGCCCUUUGAAUGCCUCAC